CACAUUAUGAUUUAUUCCCAAGAGUCACUUUCAGCUCCCAAAACUCACACGAGACGGCGUGAAACCGCGUGCUUGUGUUGAGGUUAUUGAAGGUCAUGAGCGUGGGCCCAAAAUGAGAAUGAAUCAUUUGCUCACCCGUCGGUACAAAGGGACGCGUUAACUGGCGUCAAACCUCCCAACUGUGUACCUCAAGGUCAUUUUCGACAAUCCAUGGGAAUAUGUUCGCCCAUUUAAUACUUGCAGGCAGAAGUCGGCGGAGCAAGUGACAACUUUGACAGACAGACCACCAUCUAUAAAACGUUUUAAAAACUCUUGAAUGAGCUCCCACUGAACAUUCAGCAAGCCUCUUCUUUGCCCAUCUUUAAAACUAAUUUGUAUUCUUUGGCAUAUGACUCAGCAUGACUCACACUUGAUCUUCGUUUUACUGUUCCGUGCUUUCUACUGUCUUCGUUAUUUGUGUUUUAUUGCUUCAUAUAUGAUAUCUACUCUAUGUACAACACUUAUUAUACAGAAAGGUUGUUUUAAAGUGCUCUAUAAAUACAGUUGAGUUGAGAGUUGAGUUUAACAUCUCUUCUGCAUGUCACCGCACACUCAAACUUAAAAAAUUGUGUUUUCGUCUUAUUUUUAUUUGUUAAAGCAUGUUCAUGAAGACGUAGAUUUCGUAAUUAUCAUUUUUUAUAAUAAGGGGAAUAUUUCAUAUGAACUAAUGUGAAGACACCAGCCAAAACCCGACCAUUACAGACUUUAACAACUUAUAAUUGACCAUUCUUACGAUGCGGAAGGUUUUUGCUGCCAUCCAUCCAAUUUCUAAUCAACUUAUUCUCACAAGGGUCGCGGGCGUGCUGCAGGCUGUCUUCUGAUUUUUACUUUUUUGAAAAUGUGUUAUGAAAAAAAGUUUUAACUGAGAAAGAGGAUGCAGAUGGCGGCUACAGACGAUAGAGAGUGCUACUAGCACACAGGUCCCGGAAAAUACCUUGAACGUUCAAGACUUUUUUACACUGUAAAUACUGUAGAUAGAAAUUGAAACUGUUCCACGCUACUAUACAACUAUGUGUAUAUCGGAUUCAAACCAUUGAACGUAGCAUGUGUUAUCUCACAUUUGUGAGUGUUAGUCAUAGCAUUUCGCGUGGAAAUGGUUUGGAAACGUGUUUUUAUUUGAGAAAAUGCCCCCGCAAAGGUGCGUAUGUGUGUUGCAGUGUGACCGCGGAAGCGGGUCGUCGCUCUGUUGUUUAGCCGAGUGAUUCCGUAAUUGGUCGAGACUUGCCGAAUCAUCUGUCCUACUCGGACGGCUGGAGAAGCGGCAGGCAGCUGCGCCAUGUUGGCCGACUCUCAUGUAUAUGUGCGGGCAAAAAAUGACAGAAAACACACUUGACGAGCAGCACAACUAAAGCUUCCCACGCGAGAGGUUGAAGACCGUGUGGUUUAUCUUUUUUUCUCCCCCCCCCCUCUCGUGGAAACGAAGCGAAACCGGUGGGGGGGCCGGGGAUCCGCAGAGGCUCUGGACGGGUUAGGGAAAGCUCCCCACCGUCCCCAUGAAGAGUACCACUGAUCCCGGCAGCGACUUUCCAUGAAAAAAGGAAAGAUCUGUGUUGCUAUCUGGGCUUCGUUAUCCCGCUUCUCUCGGGGGCUUGGGGCCUGCUUUGACUCCAUGUAUGCGAGCUAAAACGACGGUCGUUUCUCUAUUUGGAGCGCUGUUUUGUUUUUAAUGUGUUAGCUCUUUCUCUUUUUUUUCUUUAUUUAUUUUUUACGAUGAGUUUACCACCGAAAGUAGUCCCCAAACCUGGAGCCGCCGUCGCUGUGAGUGGACCUGGAAACCCGUCGAGCCAACUGCGGGCUACCCUGACCUCCGUGUCGCUGCCGCCAGGAGCCCCAACAGUCCCCCAGCCUGGAGCCGUGCCGCCAACUCAAAUUGCUCGGGUUCCGCAGUCACUGGAUGACAGAAUCUUCUCCACGCAGCCUGGAGUUGCUGCCGUCUACAGCCUCCCCAGGCACUCUGGUCCCCCUUUCACUCCUCAUGACGUCACUAAGGGACACCCAAGCUUGGCAGGCACCCCGCCCGGUCAUGCCCACUCCCCGGCGCUCUCUCAGGUAUCCAUAUCCACAGCUACCACGUAUCGCUAUCCUAAGGGCUGGGAGACGGGCGGAGGGUCUCCAUACAACCCCGGGCAGAAUGCUGGCUCCGCCCCUCUAGUGUAUUCUCCUCAGACACAGCCAAUGAAUGCACAGCCACAGAGUCGCCCGUUUGCGACGGGCCCACGACAAACCCACCAUCAGGGAGGUUUCAGGCCCAUCCAGUUUUUCCAGAGGACUCAGAUGCAGACUGCAAGACCCACCAUCCCCACGAACACCCCCACCAUACGGCCUGGCUCCCAGCCUCCCACGGCGGCCGUUUACCCUACUAAUCAAGCAAUCAUGAUGACCAUGGCGCCCAUGCCUUUCCCAUCUCCACAGGCUGCACAGUACUACAUCCCACAGUAUCGUCACAGCACUGCCUAUGUGGCACCUCCUCACCAAUAUUCAGUCCAGCCCCCGGGGUCAGGCACCUUCUAUCCAGGUCCUGGACCAGGGGAGUACUCAUCCCCCUAUCAUCCCCUCAGGUACCAUCCACCCGUGUCACCUUCUAUCCCCGCGGCCAUACCCACAGCCGGCCCCCCCUACUACCCAGGGCAGACCGUGUAUUCGGCCUCGCCACCCAUCAUAGUGCCUACACCACAGCAACCUCCACCAGCCAAGCGCGAGAAGAAAACAAUUCGUAUCUGCGACCCCAAUCAGGGUGGAAGGGACAUCACCGAGGAGAUCAUGGCAGGGGGGUCGGGGAGCAGAAACUCAACACCACCUGUCGGGCCUGCUUCCUCCACUCCAACCCCCCCUCAGCAGCCGCUGAGCAGCAGGCAGACUCCGGAGCUACAGCUGCCCUCGCACCCUCCCCAUCCUCAGCACGCCUCUUCCGAAGACUUUGCGCCAGAACCGUCGUCCACCCCGCAGCAGUCACAGCAAGCAAUGACAACUGAGCCCCCAGAUGCCAAACCAGGGCCAGAUAAGACGCCAAAAUUGGAGCCAUUUGUCCAAAAGUCUUCCUCACCUGGGCUCCUGCAGAUGGAAGCUCCCUUGGAGAGACUGGAAGCCAGCGCUCCUCCAUCAGAACUCUCUUCCACUGUUGAACCAGAGCUUGCCUUCUCUGCCUCACAGUCUGAUCUCGGGGCCCUCCCGCCCACAGCUGUCGACACUGGUGACCGGCCACCCUCGACUGCUUCUUUUUACUCUGGCGGGGACCACAAACAUUCUUCGAUGGCACCCUGUACUCCCACUGCUGAGAAGCCUCCCUCAAAUUCCCCCUCUCUGUCUCGGACUGUCUCGACAUUGUCGAUUUCCAAGGCUGUGAAUGGUGUCGCAGACACUGACACCGAUUUGGACAUGCCAGCCCCUGAGACUCCUUCGGCAUCACCAUCUAGUGCACAUCUUCUUGCUUCUUCUCUCGCUUUCCAAGAGACCUCCUCUUUGGAAACAUUGCCCUCUGACAUCAGGCCGGAGGUGCCAGUUGCUGCCGAGCUGGCUCCAAUGGCGACUUUGGCAGUCGUGCCCGUCACCCUGACCUCCAACCCCAUCACGGCUAUGCGUGUUAUGCUCCCCCCCGGCCUUCCGCCUCUGGUGCAGGCCACAGCAGAGACUGAUGAGACCAAGCAACCACUGGACAGAAAUGACCUUGUCACCAGGGUGAGGGCAGAGGCACCUGGAGGCGUUACUAAAGCAGAGCCACAGUAUAAUUCGUUUACUCGCAAGAGCCCCACUACAGUAAAUGAGACUUCAGCUGCUACACCAAAGACCUGGAGGAAACCAAAUGAAUCAAUUCACGCCGGAGACCCACCUCUGCAGGAGAAUGAGGACAAGCCUGUAGAUCCGGUCACUGUGGAUCCGGCGCUGCAGUCAGCUUUGCUGGGGGGCUCCAGGGCACUGCCAUCACUCUUCCCCUCUGUCGACGCUCCAGCUCUUGCCAGCAGCCCCGAGGUCGAAAGAAGGUUAGCUAUCCCAGAGGAGAACGGCGAUGCUGAGCCGGAGCCUUUAAGGAAUGGGGCAGGCCAUACCUCUGAGACCGAGAGCAAUGACAGCGGCGUGUCACCUGGGGACAAAGACAACUCCACUGGGGGCUCACAGGACAUAGAAGUUGGUCCAGACCUGUCUGAUCCCAGCAAGAAGCGACAGUAUGACAGGGGCUUCUUAUUGCGAUUCCAAUUCAUGCCCGCCUGUGUACAGAAACCAGAGGGUCUCCCACCAAUCAGUGAUGUGGUGCUUGAGAAGAUGAACCAUAACAAGUUGCCUUCUCGAGCGGCGGAUCCCAGGGUGAUUUCCAGGGGGCCCGAUUUCACACCGGCCUUCGCAGACUUUGGCAGACAGACGAGCGGUGCAAGAGGCGCGAUGCUAAUGAACAUGGGCACGCGGCGGCCUCCUCCUAGGAAGAUCAUCAUGAACGUGCCAAUGAGCGAUGAAGUUAAACUGCAAAAGGCAGAGAACGCCUGGAGGCCGGGCUCCAAGCGGGAGUGUGUAGUGGACGACCCAGAGAUGUUGAGGACACAGGAGCUAUUCAGGAAGGUGCGCAGCAUCCUGAACAAGCUCACGCCUCAGAAGUUCAGCCAGUUGAUGAAGCAGGUGACAGACCUGACCAUCGACACGGAAGAACGACUGAAGGGAGUGAUUGAUCUCGUCUUCGAGAAAGCCAUUGAUGAGCCCAGCUUCUCUGUUGCCUAUGGAAACAUGUGUCGGUGCCUUGCUGAGCUCAGAGUGCAAAUAGCAGACAAGCCCAACAACACAGUCAACUUUCGCAAACUGCUGCUCCACCGCUGCCAGAAGGAGUUUGAGAAGGACAAAGUGGACGACGUGGUGUUUGAGAAGAAGCAGAAAGAGCUGGACUCUGCCGAUUCGUCCACGGAGCGUGAGCGACUUCAGGAGGAGUUAGAGGAGGCCAAGGACAAGGCACGGCGGCGGUCCAUUGGCAACAUCAAGUUCAUCGGGGAGCUAUUCAAGCUCAAGAUGCUGACGGAGGCCAUCAUGCAUGACUGCGUGGUCAAGCUGCUGAAGAACCACGACGAAGAAUCUCUUGAGUGCCUGUGCAGGUUGCUCACCACCAUCGGCAAAGACCUUGACUUUGAAAAAGCCAAGCCUCGAAUGGAUCAAUAUUUCAAUCAGAUGGAAAAAAUUGUGAAGGAGAGGAAGACGUCAUCUCGGAUACGCUUUAUGUUGCAGGAUGUCAUUGACCAGAGAUUGCACAACUGGGUGUCCAGAAGAGCAGACCAGGGGCCCAAAACGAUUGAGCAAAUCCACAAGGAGGCCAAAAUUGAAGAGCAGGAAGAGCAGAGAAAAGUGCACCAGCAACUGCUCUCCAAGGAGAACAAGCGACGAGGAGAUCUGCGAGAGCAGAGAGAGCCGCGCAUGCCCAGAGAAGAGACCUGGAAUACUGUGCCCGUGAACAAGAACAGCAGGACCAUUGACCCUAAUAAGAUCCCAAAGAUCUCCAAGCCUCAGAUGGAUGAGAAGAUCCAGCUUGGCCCACGGGCUCAAGUCACGUGGGUGAAGGGCAGCAGCGGCGGAGCCAAGGCCAGCGACCCAGAACUUUCAAGGAGUGGCAGCAACCACUACUCUGCACUGCAGUUGACACUCUCGUCUCAACAAGCCGCUUUGAAUCCUCCACAGAAUUCAGACUUUGAUUCUAAGAGAAAUCUCGUAAGCUAUCGUAGCAGCACAGUGCGGGAGUGCAGUGAAAAGCCACAGGUCCACACGACGCCAUUGUUGUCAUCUUCGCCGAGGCUUGCGUCUUACAACAGGGACGACACUUCCAAGGAGCUGCGACAUAGCCAUCCUCUGGAAGAGACACGGAGGGAGCGGGAGAGCGAGGCUGUCAAGGCCCGCAGACCGAGUAUCACAGAAGAUAAGCCGGAACCAGAACCAGAGAUUGGCAGGACCAGAGAGCCUGUUAAACCUGAGCCAGUGGCACAGACACCAGAGAGGCUGGUCCUGUCUGAAGAGGACAUGGAGAGGAAGUACAAGUCCAUCAUUGACGAGUUUCUCCACAUUAUCGAUUACAAGGAGGCUGUUCAGUGUGUGGACGAGCUGGUUUCAGCCCCGCAGUUGCACACCUUUGUGCGCGUCGGAGUGGAGUCAACGCUGGAGCGCAGUCAGAUCACACGGGAUCACAUGGGACUGCUCUUCUUUCAGCUGGUGCAAGAGAGAGUACUGCCAAAAGACCAGUUCUACAAAGGGUUUGCUGACAUUCUGGAGCAGGCGGAUGAUAUGGCUAUCGACAUUCCGCAUAUCUGGCUGUACCUGGCGCAGCUACUAACCCCCAUGCUAAAGGACGGAUGUUUCUCGAUGAGGGAGCUCUUCAGUGAAUUACGCAAACCGUUGUUAGCUGUGGGAAGAGCAGGCAUUCUCAUAUCUCAAAUACUGCACAUACUAUGCAAACAAAUGAGCCAUAGAGCUGUGGGUUCUCUGUGGAGGGCAUCUGACCUCAGCUGGUCUGACUUCUUGCCGGAGGGAGAAGAUGCCCAGGCCUUUCUCUCACAACAGAAGCUGGAAUUCAUCCUGUCGGACCCUACGGACCCUGGAACAGCUUUUGCCAAAAAGACUCUGUCCGCUGAGGAGCUAAGCCAGCAGCUGGAGAGACUCCUGCUGGCGGACAUGGCCAGCGAUGAGCAGAUCUUUGACUGGGUGGAGGCAAACCUGGAUGAACAUCAGAUGAGCUCGUCACCCUUCUUGAGGGCGCUGAUGACAGCCGUGUGCAAGGCAGCGGUGAAAGACAUUGGCACCAACUGUCAAGUAGACACAGCCAUCAUCAAGAGGAGGCUCCCCGUAUUACUCAAGUACCUUAACUCAGACACUGAGCGACAGCUGCAAGCACUUUAUGCACUUCAGACGCUGAUAGUCUCCCUCGAUCAGCCUCCCAACCUCCUGCGGAUGUUCUUCGACUGCCUCUAUGACGAGGACGUCAUUUCGGAGGAUGCAUUCAACAAGUGGGAGACCAGCAAAGAUCCGGCAGAGCAGGAGGGCAAAGGCGUUGCCCUCAAGUCGGUGACGGACUUUUUCACGUGGCUACGUGAGGCGGAAGAGGAGUCGGAGGACAACUGAGACCUGUACAUCCCCGACUUGACAAAAUGUUGAACACAAGCGACCUGUUCACGAUCGCUGGAAUUCCUUUUUUUGCGGUACGGUUCAGAAACAUGGCGCCAUUUUCAGUUUGGAUUUCAAUGGCGGAAGCACUAAAUACAUGUAUUAUACAUAGAAAAUAUUUUUGUUUUAAAUUUUAACUUUACUCUUUUUGUUACUUUUUAAGAAGAGACUUUAAAAAAAAAAAGCAGCAGCAUAGGUUCUGGACUCUUUAAUUUAUUAUUUUUUUAAGAACUGCAAAUAUGGAAGCAAGAACCCGAACAAAAGAAAUAACAAUAUAAUUAAAUAAGAAUAUGAUAACAAAAUAAUUUUUGACCAAGGAAUAGAAUGGCCUCCCUGGAUUCUACACACUUUGGAUUAAAACUGAGUAGCGCAAAACUGUUUUGGGGGUGAAAUGGAAGCCAAGCUUGUGGUCAAAAUAAUUCAAAGCAUCUCUCAGCCUCUGCUUUUGCUGCUCAUGUUGGCGUGUCACGUUCAAGGAACGAUGGAAAAUGGACAAAGUUGAUGAACAAAGUGGACGCGGAACCAGCAAAAUGCCAAAAGGGAGGACGAAGGGAGUAAGGGCACUCAUGAAAAAAAUGCUUGUAAUACUUCAUCCCUACACGGCUCAUUAAAAGCUUGUAAAUAUAUUAAAGAUGGAGAGAAAAAAAAAUCAAAACUUGGAAAUUAUUCGGUAUGCGUCUGUCUUCUCAAACCUCAUCCUCCUCCCCCCUCCGCCAUUUCAUGGCAAGACACUCAAAACUUAAUUGUUCACAAAUCCAUCUCAGGCGGCCUGGCAGUCCAGUGGUUAGCACGUCGACUUCACAGUGCAGAGGUACCGGGUUUGAUUCCAGCUCCGGGCCUCCCUGUGUGGAGUUUGCAUGUUCUCCCCAGGCCUGCAUGGGUUUUCUCCGGGUGCUCCUCCCACAUUCCAAAAACAUGCAUGGCAGGCUGAUUGAACACUCUAAAUUGUCCCUAGGUGUGAGUGCAGGUGUGCAUGGUUGUUUGUCUCUGUGUGCCCUGCGAUUGGCUGGCAACCAAUUCGGGGUGUCCCCCGCCUACUGCCCGAAGACAGCUGGGUUAGGCUCCAGCACCCCCCGCGACCCUAAUGAGGAUGAAACGGUUCGGAAGAUGACUGAAUGAAUGUCCAUCCCAUCCAUUUUAUCGACACGUUUUAAUUAAUCGCCUUUGACGUGCCUGAAAAGGCAAUUUGUGAUUAAAAUCUGUAUACUCAGUGAAUACCUGCUUAUUUGUAGUUCAGUUUUGACACAUUCUCUUUAAGUGUUCGUGCAGGUGACCUAUACUAAAUAUAUCACCGAAAAAUGUUUGGAGUCUGCUUCGGUCAAAGCGAAAAGAGUAUUGCUUUGGUACCAUCUAAUGGCUUCUUGGUGCCAUGGAACUGAAGUGAGUUGAGGAACUUCAUUUAGACAAAAACGUUGAUCUGUAGGCAAUUACAAGACAGUAUAACCCUUGGGUAUGUGUGAGGGUUGGGUGGCCAGUCUGUACUUGUCCCAAAAACCUAUAAAUUUGUACAUGUGACACGUGUUACUGAUGAAAUCUUGGCCUUGGCUAAUUUAACACACAAACAUUAAGUGUCUACAAUUUUCAGUUUCUCACCCCUUGGCGUGGAAAAAAAAAGGUUGGUGCCGGGGGGUAUAAACUCGGUGAUCUCAUUUCUAGGAUUUUCCAAUAAAGUAUUUACAAAAAAAAAAA